GCUCCCGGCUUGGAGCUCUCCGCGACUUCCCGCGCAGGGCCCGGCCCGACGAUGACCCGCGGCCUCGGCGGCGUUGGAGGAUGCGGCCGCGGCCCCGGGUAGCAGCACUGGGAAGCCGGGCGCCCUGCAGGUCAGCAGUGCAAUAGCAGGGGCCAGGAGGCCCAGAAGCCUUCUCAGUGAUGGCAGAGAAGCGGCCACUGGGGACCCUGGGCCCUGUGAUGUAUGGCAAGCUGCCCCGCCUAGAGGAUGACUCAGGGCCUGGGCACAGCCUGCCCGCCUCUGCUGGCAGUCAGGACCCCUGCAGCUACAAGGGUGCCUAUUUUUCUUGCCCCAUGGGGGGUGCCCCCAAGGCUGGGUCUGAGCGCCUGGCAUCCUGGACCCCUUACCCACCCUUGUACCCCACCAGCAUGGCAGGACCCCCACUUCGGGCAGACAGUCUGUUGCCUAACUGCCUGCUCUACCGCCCACUGGCAGAGGGCUCUGAGAAGGGACAGGACUCCAGCCCCAUUGGGCUCCUGCCAUACAGUCCCCGGGCUCACUCCUACCCAGGCCCACCGCUGGCGGCACCAAAACCCAUCUACCGCAACCCUCUGUGUUAUGGGCUUUCGACUUGCCUGGGGGAAGGGGCAGCCAAGAGGCCACUGGAUGUUGACUGGACAGUGGUGACUGGGUCCCUGCUGCCCCCUGCUGAUCCACCCUGUUCUUUGGCCCCAGCACCUGGCAAAGGCCAGCCUCUGGAUGCUACCUUCUUGCAUGGAGUGCCAGCUGGGGGGGCUGGCAAAGACUCCGUGAGCUUCUCUCCAUGCCAGGCAUUCCUGGACAAGUAUCGGACCAUCCACAGUACAGGCUUCCAGGCCUCCAAGUAUGCAGGUCCGUACUCUGGGGACCCCAAGCAGGCAGUGCCUGAGGGCCCCCCCAGUCCUUGGACCCAGCUGGCCCAACCUCUGGGACCAGCCUGCCAGGAUGCAGUGCCCACCCACUACCCGCUGCCCCAUACUGCACAGGCCCUGCCUUGCCCUCCAGCCUGCCGCCACCCAGAGAAGCAGAGUAGCUACAGCUCAGUGCCCCCGUUGCAGCCUCUGGGAGCCCACAAGGGGGCUGGGUACCCACCUGGUGGCCUGGGUAGCCCCUACCUGAGGCAGCAGGCAGCCCAGGCACCCUGUGUGCCCCCAGUGGGGCUGGACACCUAUUCCUACCCCUCUGCUCCCCUCCCAGCACCCUCACCAGGCUUCAGGCUAGAGCCACCUCUCACACCACGGUGCCCACUUGACUUUCCUCCCCAAACGCUGGGCUUUCCUCACGCCCGGGAUGACCUCUCUCUCUAUGGGGCAUCCCCGGGGCUUGGAGGGACACCACCUUCCCAGGACACUGUGCGGGCUGUGCCUCAACCCAGUGCCUUCCAGCGGGCAUGCCAGCCAGUACCUGCCAGCCAGCCACGCUUAGAACCCAUGGGGCCCACGGAGAAACCUGUGCAGGCAGCUGAGGAGAAGACAUGGCCGCCUAGCUGCAGGAAAGAGCAGCUCCAGCCCCGGUUCGAUGAGCACCCCAGGGCACCUAUCGUCAUCCGAGACAGUCCAGUUCCUCGUACCCCACCAGCACUGCCUCCCUGUGCCCAGGAGCGUCAAUCCCUCCCGCGGAAUGAGGGCUCAAGUCCACCGAGUUCUCCACCCAUGCCUGUUAUUGACAACGUCUUCAGCCUGGCCCCCUACCGUGACUACCUGGAUGUGCAGGCGCCUGAGGCCACAUCUGAGCCUGAGCAAGUCUCAGCCACCAACAAGAGCCAUGACACAGACUGCAAGAGGACCCUGUCAGCUCAGCAGCCUACUUUAGGGACACACUGCUCACUUAGGGAGGAAGUGGCACUGGACCUAAGCGUGAAGAAGCCUGUGACAGAGACGUCCCCUAUCAAGGUCUCUAGGCCAGCACAUGCCAAGCCCACGGGCGCAUUGCACAUUGGGAACACGGUCACAGACAUGCCAGGUGUGGGAAACACAGUCUUGGAUCUGCCAGGUCCAGAGAGUACAGUCUCGGAUGUGCUGGGUGGGAGGAACACAAUCUCGGAUGUGCCGGGUCUAAAAAAUCUAGUCACAGAAGCACCAGGGCUGCCUGGGGUACCAGUGACCACCGAGGCCACACCAAGGACCAACUUCCAAAGCUCUGUGGCCUUCAUGUUCCGAAAAUUCAAGAUCCUCCGGCCAGCACCCUUGCCUACAGCCGUGGUCCCAUCUGUGCCCACUUCAGCCCCCGCCCCAGCACCACCAGCACUGACCCCCACAUCGGUGCCCAUUGGACUGCAGAUUCUCGCCCAGCCCUUGCCUGUGGCCUGCUUCAACCUGGCACUGCCUAGCCCUCCAGCCUUAGCUGUGGCGUCCCCAGCUCCGGCUCCUGCUCCGUCACCUGCUCCGGCCCCGACUCCAGCUCCGGCUCCUGCCGAUGCUCCAGCUCCUGCUGCAGCUCCAUCACCUGCUCCUGCCCCAGCUCUGACUCCUGUUCCAGGCCCUGCUCCCGCUUCUACCCUAGCCCCAGCCACAGUGGACUCCGCAGAGCAACGCUUUGCAGGGUUGCACGCAUCCCUGUGUGAUGCCAUUUCAGGCUCAGUGGCCCACUCCCCACCUGAGAAGCUGCGCGAGUGGCUUGAGACAGAUGGGCCUUGGGGCCGGGCGGCAUGGCAGGACUGCCAGGGUGUACAGGGGCUGCUGCGCAAGCUACUCUCACAGCUCCAGAGCUUCGUGUGCACGCAUCAGUGCCCCUUCCCCCAUGUGGUACGAGCUGGCGCCAUCUUCGUGCCCAUCCACCUGGUGAAGGAGCGGCUCUUCCCACAGCUGCCCCCUGCUUCUGUGGACCAUGUGCUGCAGGAGCACCGUGUGGAACUGCGACCCACCACGCUGUCGGAAGAGCGGGCGCUACGGGACCGUGCCCUGCACGGCUGUACCUUGCGCAUGCUGAAGCUGCUGGCCCUGCGCCAGCUGCCCGACAUCUACCCUGACCUACUGGACCUGCAGUGGCGUGACUGCGUACGCCGCCAGCUGGGUGGCAUUGACACUGAGGCUAGAGCUGUGCCCCCCUCAGAAACCACCAUGGCCAGAGAUGAGCCAGAGAGCCUAGCCCUGGCUCAGAAGUCACCAGCCCCCAAGGCCAGGAAGCCGGGGAGGAAAUCACCAACUCCUGGUGUGGAGAAGGCAGAGGCAGCCAUUGAAGGAGGGUCCCGUGGUACCUCACCUACGCCAGCUGCUAGUGCCAGCCCACCCAGCCCCACACUGAGGGCCCGCUUCCGCAAUCUGCUGGAGACUGCCUGGCUCAAUGGCCUGGCACUGCCCACUUGGGGCCACAAGGCCUCAGGACAGGAUCGGCCCUCGCCCCGCCCACAGCUGUUGGGGGGCCAGAGCCACCACCUGUAGCAUUGUUUGCUGUCUGGGGGUCACUGUCUGCACCCCUCCCUCUGUCUGCCUAGCUCCCCAGGGUCAGAGGUAGACAUGCUGUUGGAGUUUCUCCGACCCCCUUCUAGGCUGAGCUGAGAGCUACUUACCUUUAACUUAAGGCUCUAUAUUAGAAAGGACCACUUAUUUCUUCCUAAGAGAAAGUAUGGGCUUUGGAGCCCAACAGGCUUGGGCUUGAGUCCUGGCUCCUCUGCCCCUUGCUGUGACCUGGGCAAGUCACUGCCCCUGAUUCCCCAUUUGUAAAAUAAAACAACGCAACCUACCUCACAGGGUUGUUGUGGGGACAGCGCCUGACACACACCCAGUACGGUUCAGGCUCUGCUACCCCCUGGGGCAGAUCUUUCUCUCUGCCAGGGCUUGGGAUAGCUGAGGCAAGCAGAACCUUCCUGUAGAAAGCCUGUGUGUCAUAGGACUUGUUCUCCAUUAGUGGUACAUUGUACGGUGUAUAUGACACACACACACACACCCCUGAAGUCAUCCCCCAGGAAGGCUUGGGGCUUAUAGGCCCUGUGUUUGGAGUUGGGCCCUAACCCCCAGUCCUGAGGGAGCCUGCCCCUCUCUGUCCCCACUAUGGUGCCUGGGGCUGGCAUCCUUGUUCUGGGCCGUCUGCUCCCAGGCCUGCCCUGCAUUGACAGCAGUGAUUUCCCUGAGCUGUGCCCACCCCCACCCUGUGCAUUAUCCCAUGAAAGUUGUGUUUUCAGGAAGCCAAGCAGCUGCGGGGACUCAGGGACUAGAGGGGACAGGCUGAUUGGUAGCUUAGUCCUAGGAGGUCUCUGAAGAUAGGGACUGGGGACACGGCCCCCCCCCGCCCCCUGAUGCCAGGGCUCCAUCAGCCAGGCCUGCUGUGGGCUCCCUCCCAGAAGUCUGCUGAGCUGAGCCAGAGGCUGGCAAGCAGGGGCCCUUGGCCUAGUUAAUGUUUUAUAUAAGGCUGUGGGCCCUGGAGGCAGGCCAUUAAAGAAUUUUGGUUGUUUUUGGAA